CUCCCUCCCCUCUUCCUUCCCCUCCCUCCCCGUCCCUUCCUCUCUCCGCCUGGUGCCGCCACCGCCGAGGAGGAGGAGGAGGAGGAACAUGGCGAAAGCGGAGCAGGUCCUCAGCCUCGAACCGCAGCACGAGCUCAAAUUCAAAGGUCCUUUCACAGAUGUGGUCACUACCAACCUGAAGCUCGGCAACCCCACGGACAGAAAUGUGUGCUUCAAAGUUAAGACCACAGCACCACGUAGAUACUGUGUAAGGCCCAACAGUGGAAUUAUUGAUGCAGGAACAUCAAUUAAUGUUUCUGUGAUGCUACAGCCUUUUGACUAUGACCCCAAUGAGAAAAGUAAACACAAGUUUAUGGUUCAGUCUAUGUUUGCUCCAGCUGAUACUUCAGAUAUGGAAGCAGUAUGGAAAGAAGCAAAACCGGAAGAACUCAUGGAUUCAAAACUUAGGUGUGUGUUUGAGCUACCAGCAGAAAAUGAUAAGCCUCAUGACCUAGAAAUAAAUAAAAUUGUAUCCACAACUGCAACAAAGACAGAUUCCUCUGUAAUGUCUAAAUCAAUAAGUUCUUCUUUGGAUGACACUGAAGUUAAGAAAGUAAUGGAAGACUAUAAGAGGCUUCAAGUAGAAGUUCAGAGGUUACGGGAGGAGAAUAAACAGUUUAAGGAAGAAGAUGGACUGCGGAUGAGGAAGGUACCCCAGAUAAACAACCCAAUAUCUCCUUCUGCAGCUGCUGUCAAGGACGAAGGGCUCAGCUCCAGACUACUUGCUUUGGUGGUUUUGUUCUUUGUCUUUGGUGUAAUUAUAGGCAAAAUAGCCUUGUAGAGGCAGCAUGCUGGAAAUUGUAAAUUGGUUUGAUGGUUCUGCCAUAUCAUUGGAUUAAAUUUAUUCAUAACAAUGUUUAAAAAAAAAUUAAUGUAUGACAUCUCACAGGUCUUGCCUUUAAAUUACCCCUGCACAAAUACUAUGUAACAUAAUCUAGAAAGUUCAAAAUGUAUGGUGAGGGAAUGAAUGAAAGAGAAUAUGCUUCAGUGAUGAAGGGGGGAGAAAAUCCUGAUUUAACACUACAAUGGAAUAUUGUAUAUGUCAUUUUAAACAUUCUUAGACCCUGGUACAUGUUGCUGGAUUACCUCUUUUUUAAAAAAAAAAGAAAAAAAAAAGGAAAACUAGAAAAACCCCUUCCUCCACUGCUGGAGCUGGCCCUAGGGAUGUUUGGAGCUGGGUUAGGCAGGAGGAGUUGAUAACUUCUGUAAAAUAUGUUAAUCCACCAUUCUGCUCAUGAAUUUACAGUUUCUGUCAGUGUCUUCAACUCUGUGCAAGUUACCAAUUUCUUGGCACUUAAAUGAGUAGUGAGGAGCUGCAAAGAUUUGUCUGUGGCAGCACUGAGGGAGCUGAGCAGCACCAAGGGGCUCAUUCAGAAUAAAGGUCAAUGCCUUGUUCUCACCAAGGGACCAAGCUACAUUGCUGUUGGUUCAUUUAGUUGAAUUAAAAUGUUAUUCAGAGAUGUUUAAUGCAUAUUUGACUUAUUUAAUGUAUUUCAUCUCACGUUUCCUUAUUGUCACGGAAUUGACUAAUUCUUUGUGGUAUGAAAAGGCGCCUGUUCAAAGCCAGUGAUGAGAACUAAAACUUUGCUGCUGUAGUGGUGCAAGAUUCUUUUGCCUCCUGGUGUUUUGGGCACUACACAAUUGUUGGGAGUUUUGAUCAUCUGAGCAUCGGGGAAACAGUGGUCAGGAAACUGUUUUUGUAUGUAAAUAAUCUUAUCUAGGGGAGAAACAAAAUUCUUAGUAGUAAACUAGUCCUAUGCCAUAAAAAGACCAACCUUGUUUGACUAUGUAGCAUCUGGAAAAAGAAAAAAAAAAAAAGAAAAGAAAAAUUAAAUAAAGCCCCCAAAUUAAUGCUUCCUUUGUUACUUUUGUCCUGUUCUCACAGUUUUAGAGAUGGCGAGGAAACGGUGUUCUCUUGUCAGCUUUGUUCGUGGCAUAUGGAAAUUUGCAGUUGUAUUUCAGGGUGAGUUUCUAUUUCCAGACUAAUUUUAAAAUCAAACCACCCCAUCGUGAGCCUGACACACGAAAGUUGUUCAGGAGUUCAGACACUUGACAGUAACUUUAUUCUAAAGUGAUUUUAAACUCAGAGUGUUUAAACAUGAUGGAUUCAGUAAAUGAAAGAGUUUUUGAGCAGGUAAAUUCACAUCUAUUCUUAAAUGGUAGUCCCAAAAACAUUCAGUGACAAAAUUUUUUGAAGCAUAUUACAAGAUGAAGCUGAGUCUUCUAAAAAUGACUUCUGUCAUUCCUUCCUUAUUCCUGGGAUUCUGUGAGAAAGCUGUUGGGGCUGCAGCCUGUCUGCUGCACUCUGUGACUUUUUUGUUUGUCCCACUUGUGUCUCAAAGGCUUCGUCCUCUGCAAGUGCAAAUAAGUGAAAUUUUAUGUGAGGCUUAGUAAAAAGUAGGUGGAAAAACCCCCUGUAACUGAUGUGUUCAGGUUAUGAACACGAGUCUGGAAGUAUUUGUAGGAGAUUCAAUAGAAAGAAGAGAUGUAUUUUUAGCAUUUUAAUGUGCUGGUGCCUUGUCUGCUCAGAGGGAAGGGACAGAGCCACUGCAGCCUGGCUGCAAAGGGCAGGGCAGGUGGGACAUGAGCUGGAAAGGACAAAGCAGGGAAUUCAUGGGACAAAUUGGGCAGAAUUGAUCAAGAAGAAGAUACUUCUGGGCAGUAGAAGCUGAAGAAAACUUUCUAAUGAAGCAUUCUUUUCAGAAAGACGGGGUUGGUGAGUGAUACUGCAAGAUUAAUUUUCAUGGCUUUGAAGAAUGUAUUUGGGAAAACCUUUGCUGAAGGGAGACUGAGAUAUGAAAUAGAUUUUUUUAAGUGGCUGUAAAUAUCUUGUCCUCUUGUCAGAAAUUUCUGAUUCACUUUGAAAACAUAAGUUUUUUUGAGAGACCUUUGUUGUGCUUAAAAACAGCCUAAAAGAGGUUGGUUUAAAAAAAAUACUGUCUUUGUAGGAUAAAGGGGGAGGAUUGAAGAUUUAAACUGGUCUCCUGUAAAGAUACCUGGAGUAGUGUUCCAGGCAGGUUUUACACUGUGUAAAGCUACCACAGCUGCCUUUGCUUGCCCAGGGCAAAGCCAGCAGCAACUCUGUCCUCCCCCAGUGCUCAGCAGUCACUUCUUGGUGGUCUGUGCCAGCCUGGAGCUGUAGAUUGUUCAUGAGCAAAGUUUUUCCUGGUGUUUGCAUUCCAGGAUCAUAAAGAGGUCCCAGAAAACCCUCUCAUGCUUUUCCAGAUUCCUUUCAAAUAAAUACUGAUCAAGGAAACCAGGAGAGGAUCAGUGUUGGUAACAUCUGUAGCCUGCAGCUGGGCUGACCCACACCAUCAGUCCUGAACAAGUCUCUUAACUGGUUGUAUUUUAGAAUUUAACAAAAUCCUGAGCUUUUCCCUCACCAUUUUUGACAAGAGCCUAAACACUGUAGCCCUGAAUUGUCUGGGUAAUGCUUUGCUUCGCUGAGCUUGAAAUAAAGUGACAGAUCAGGGGAAUUCUCACUUCUUGUUUGACCAAACCCUUCUUUCAUAGGCAGUAGAGAAAUCUUAAGGAUUUUUUUUCUUCCAAGGUUCCUAAAAGGCCAGUUUGUAGAUAGGGUGCAAAUAUAGAUUGGAUGGAUGUUCUUAAGCCACCUGGCUCUUUUUGUAAGUUGUUCCUUUCAUGACAAUACAAGAGCAAAUGUUCUCAUGAAGUAUUCACAGCAAGUGAAUUAUUCUGAAGGACACUGUACAUCUUAGGAAGUUGUGCACAAAAUGUAGAGUUUCUAAAUAAGAUUUUUGUCUGGGGUCCUCACACAACAUCAGAUACUAGAAACCUGUGAUUGAUUCAUGGUAGUAGAAAUCAAGUUAUUACUAAUCUAAUUAUUGUCCUUGCUGUUACUUUAAGAUGACCACUUGCACAUUUAUUGUUGAUUUUUGUAACACCUGAUAGAGGCUGCUUGGUGCACUCCUUGGGCAAGUUUGGGAUAAACAGAUACCUGAAAUGUCUUGAAGCCUAGAGCUGGGAAAUGAAUGGAAAAUGGUUUCUUCUAUUUUUAUGUAGUUCUCCGCAUCUUAAGGCAAAUACUCCAUGCAUAAAUGAUCAUAACUUUUGCUGUGCAUUGGCAGUUGUCAGCUGGGAAUGCACAGCUGGAACAGCUGCAUGUGCAAGGCAGGACCAGCUCAGGUUACUGAGGAGUAGCCUGGGGGCUGAAGAGCAAGAUCACGUCAUGUUGUUACAUUGAGGGGGAUUGAUGUAUCAUAAUGUCAUUUUCUGAAAAUACAGGAUUGUAAAGCUCGAUGGUGGUGUUACUUUUUUCUCCUGAAAUGCUGUUAGUGGGAUAAAGUUGGAACUUCACUUUGCAAUUCACUAGAAUUUCUGUUCAUCAAUAAACUAUGAAGGGUUUGUAUCUGC